GCCAGAUCGGAAGUGCCAACGUUUCCGUUGGAGGUUUGACAGCAGUCCUUCCUCAAAUGAGAAGACGUAAAAGAUGGAGCUUCAUAUUUUAGAGCACAGCUUGAAAGUGGCGAGUAUAGAGAAAGAGGGGAUCCAGAUUUGCACUCACGGAUUAAUAAAACUCGCCUUCCUGGCCUCCAAAACAAGAUGCAAGUUUUUCAGUUUGACAGAGACUCCAGAGGACUAUACCAUCAUCGUCGACGAGGAAGGCUUUAAAGAGCUGCCCCAGUCGGAGCACAUCAGCGUUGCCGACGCCACGUGGGUGGCCCUUAACGUGGUGUCGGGAGGUAGCAACACAUCCACUUCACAACCCAUAGGAGUCACCAAAAUCGCUAAAUCAGUCAUCGCACCACUGGCCGACCACAACAUUUCUGUUUUCAUGCUGUCGACGUAUCAGACGGACUUCAUCCUGGUUCGAGAGCGAGACCUCCCGAUGGUCAUGCACACUCUGUCUUCCGAAUUCACUUUGUUUCGAGUGGUCAACGGGGAGACUGUUGCUGCUCACAAUCUGGGGGUGACCAAUGGCUUUGUGAAACCAAAACUAGUGCCCCGUCCCAUCAUUCACCCAUUAUCCAGUCCCAGCAACAUGUUCUGUGUGACCAGCCUGGACCCAGACACACUGCCCUCUGUGGCCACUCUGCUCAUGGACGUCAUGUUUUACUCUGGAGGGCAAAAAGAGUCUGGAGCAUCCAGUGAAGACUCAAACCACAUCCGCUUCUUCUCCUUCUCCCUGAUCGAGGGCUACAUUUCUCUGGUCAUGGAUGAACAGACAACACAAAGGUUUCCAAACAAUGUACUUUUUACCAGCGCCUCUGGUGAGCUUUGGAAAAUGGUUCGAAUUGGAGGGCAACCUUUAGGAUUUGAUGAGUGCGGCAUCGUGGCUCAAAUAUCAGAACCGCUGGCGACGGCUGACAUUCCAGCUUACUACAUUAGCACCUUCAAGUUUGACCACGCCCUGGUUCCUGAAGAAAACAUCCAAAGUGUGAUUGGCGCACUGCGGACUGAGAGUGCUGCACAGUGAAGGAAGCUGGAGAAAGCGAUGACGACUACCAUCUCCAAAGUCAUUUUGUUUAAAAGUUUAUCAUGUCCAAAAAGUGCCAAGAGCUUGCUAGCAGACUACUGUGGGUCAACUCAGAAAGGAAGGAUGGAGGGAGAGAGGAGGGUGACAGUGUGUUAGGGAAGCCUUUGUUACUCGACCAUUUUCUUUACCCCCCAAAUACUCUUUGCUUUCCUUCGUGCCCGAGUCCCCUCCACCUCCACCUCCACCUGCGUGCUCUGGUAGUUUUCGCAUUAGUUUACCAAACUGUCUCUUUUCUUCUCUAAAGCUGCUUCUUCCCACUCCCUGACCCUCUUGAGCACCCUACUGUAUUAGUUACAUAAUUCCUCUCAUGGAAAGAUGACGAAUGUACUCUCAAAGCAAAAUAAUUAUUAUAUAUAGUUAUCAAAUUCUCCUUUUUUUGUUUGCUUUGUUUUUCCACAGGUCAUUUUUCUCAGUGCCAAGAUGUUUGAAUGCCUAAACCGAUGCCUUUGUCUAAAAUACUGCACAUGUGCAAUUGAAGGAGACAGCCAGCGUUGGCGCUUGUUUUUGCUUUUUAGUCGUCGUUGAACGUUUUAAUCAUCGAUCUGACUAUUGGAGUCCCCCAGACUUAAAAUCAGUCUGGCGAAAUAUGAAGUGAAUCAUUUUUUUGUGCAUUUAAUAAGUUACAUCCAUGCACACUGUGAGCAAUAUGAUCGACGGGCCAAUCAGGAUCUGUAGAUUUGAUUAUUUUCAGCGAUUUGGCUGAUAGGCGUCAUUUUUGUGAGAGGUUGUUGAUUUCUUAUUUGAUUUUAGAUAGGAUAUAGAAAACAAAGUUCCCAGUUGACGUAUUCUUAAUAACUUCUCCCACAGCGUCACAAUCAGUUCAAAACGUCUCUUAUUUUGAGACAUUCCCAUCAGCCUCUUCUGCACACUACUUGUUACCUGAAAUGGUCAACAUGGUCCUCAUUAGACCUCUGAAACACUAGCAUGUGAGCAUUACAACCACUCCCACACUAACCACUAUGUGCCAAAUUUAGGUUCAGUUUGCCACAAAAUUAAAUUUAAGUCUGUACCGUCUAAAUUGUUAGACAUGUUAUUGUUCAUAUUGUGUCAAUUAAUCUAAUUUAAAACAUAAAAAUUGCACACUGAAAUCAAUGUGGGUUUUUCUUAUUUUAUGGAGUGAGGGCCGAAAAGUGUUGAUUAAAAACUCCAUCCAGCCAUUUUCUUCCACUUAUCCUCCUCAUCUUUCAAACUGAGUGAGUAUUAAUCAGUGGACGUGAAGAAACUGAUUUUAAUUGGUUUAGUUUGUAUUAAAAAAAAUAAGAAUACAAAUUUAAAAAUGCAAAAAAAAAGCCAUUAAAAAGUGUAAAGCUGGGCAUACACUGUGUGAUUUUUGGCCCAUUUUAAGAUGAUUUUUCACUCGUGCGGCGGUCUUGGGGAUUGGCCUGAGUUCAGCCUUAAUCGUGUGUCGUGCAUCGUAUGGUAUACCUGAGAAGCGAUUAACACCUCACUUCAUGUUACCAAGCUAAAAUUUGGACACACAUUGUGAGCACUCAGGUCACAUCAGAGCAUCCUGACCUAUGAAUUUCUAAUCCCUGCGAUUCAGUUGCACAGUUUGAUUGCGAGCUGAAUAACGCGACUGAAAGAAAUCGCACAGUGUAUGCCCAGCUUUAGUAAAAUAAUCAGUGCAGAUCUAUACCAGGCACAUAAAAUUUCAAAUUACCUUUACAAUCUUCCUCGUACCCAGAAAUAUAUCUGAAACUCCAACUGAUAUUGAUUUUAUUGAUAGAUUAAAAAAAAAUGAUAAUCUUUUGAGGUGGAUUCGUGAUCCCACCACAUCACCAUGCAUUAACUUUACAAUCCAGGUCUGUGUUCAAAAGUAUGAAAGUAGAGGCUGCGGGCGGGAAAGGAGGGAGCAGCUAGCUCCACCCUGUCAAAACUUCAAAUAAGCGCCUACCAACAACACUGAACACGGUAAAAAUAACAGAAGUUCAUCCACGAGUAUAUGUCUCAUUUAAAGAAACAGUUCACUACUAAAUAGUUGCUUUUGAUGGCAAUCGUACUAACAGCAUGACCCGUUUUCCAACCUUGUACUGCCAAAAACUCUCAUGUUUGAGAGCAAUUACGCCGACACUUUCCAGUGACCGUGUUGCUCACAGUGUGCAUUGGAGAGAAACGCUGAAAAGAUUUGCAUCGACACUAGUAAUAAAUUACUGAGCCACUUCCAUGAGCUAGAAUAAUGUCAGUGCAAGUGUGCUAACAUAAGCUACGGUUCACACAGGGGAAGGAAGGUUACACUCCGAGCCCUGGUGUCCAUUUUGGUCUUGAAGCUGCCCCUCUCCUACUCCAGUCUGCACUUUAAUGCAGGUCCCACCCCCACAGACCUGCUGUACUGAUGUGAACACAGAGAGGGCUCUUUUCUUUAGUUAGAUCUUGUCCACAUGGAACGAUUUCUGUUGGUAUUAACCAUUGGUGAUGAUGUUUUUCUUCCUUUUUGUUUUCUUCUCUUCACACCACCUUCCACCUAUCUGCAGCCUCUCCUCUGAUCACAUUUGAUUAGUAGAUAAUCUGUAUUUAUCAGUGUUAAAAUAUGAGGAAGGUGUUAUUUCUUCUGAUUGCAUUUCAAAGAAAAAGCCUUUCAUUUUGAAGCUUCUUUUGUGGGGGGGGAAUAAAUGAAAAAA